AACGCACUUUCCAUGGGAGCUGCACCCGCAACAAGUCGUAUCUAAUGCAUGAGUGCAGACGCUGUGAGUGUCUAUAUGAUUAAAUGUAGUGCUUGGUUGUGUACAAACCUCACCAUUACACACUCGUAGUACGAUAGCAUUAAACGCGGCAAGUCACCACUAAACCUCAAACAAAAAUGGCGAAAAACAAGCUGUAUUACAUUUGGAAUUUCAUUGAGAAACCCGGCAAGCCGAAAAGUCCCUUUAAUUCCUUUCUGGAGAUGUGGACGGAAACCACAAACUACGUGAAGAAGAAUCCACAGUUUUUGUCGACUCAGCUUCACCGAAACCUCAAUCCAACUGGUGGAGCAUUCCCUUGCGUGAACCACGCUGCCUUUGACGGGACAGACUUUGAAGGGUUCGGCAAGCCGACUCCAAAAUGGUUUGAAGUCCUCAAAGCCACGACAGGGGACACUGUUGCUCACCCAGGCGGUUAUCUUGAGUUUGGGACCACCACUGGGAAACCUCUUGGCCCAUGGUUACCCAAGGAUGAUAAGACCACGUUCAUCGUGACUGCAUUUAAGGCAGGUGACGAGAAGGACGCCAAAGCACAGGAAGCAUUCGAGAAAGAUUGGAAGGAAUCUUCAGGAACCAACUUCAUCCUCAAGAAUGCUCCCAAGGAGCUCGGCAUCUCUUACUGCGGCCUGUAUAAGAAGUUUACUGAGCGUCCCGGGAUACUCUACGUCCUCAGAGCUGAGCUGACCGGGGCUGGUGAGGACUCUGAGCCGGCCAAGACCUUCCUGGCACAACUCAAGGAGUUCAAGUAUCCGGACUAUUUCCAGAAGGUGGACACCGAUCUCUUCAAGCCGGACCAAGAAAAUAUUCAUUUUUCCGAGGGUGGGGUGAGGGAGCUUCCGGCAGGCUUCGUGUGGAAGCCAUAAGCUCUGAUAGAAACGCAGCAAACAAACCUGACCCGGUUUCAAAGAGCUGGUAAUAGCAGAGAAUAUUGCUUGUAAAAUUUCUGCUCACCAGAAAUGAGCAGGUUUCCAUUCACACGAAGUUGUGUGCUUUCAGAUGCUUGAGUUCGGGACCUUAAAAUCUAAUUCUGAGGUCUCGAAGUCAAAU